AGAAUACGACACCCCAAGCUUUAAUAUCCAUUUGGAUUACAGUAAAUUGUUUUCACUAUAAAAAUGUCGAAAGCGCGACGCCGUAAAGCAGGGUUUCUCAACUUCAGCAACUUUAAUUCUAGGAGUUGAAGUCCACACAUCAUAAAAGUUGUUGAAGUUAAGAAACGCUACCAUAAAGAAUAGCGGUGGACCCGACCGAGCUUCUGUAGGUGUCCUUUCUACAGGAAGUUUCGCCAUUUAUUUAAUCUAUGGAAGGAAGGAGAUAUUGUGUCACUCGCCGGAGAGUGAGUACUUAGUUCAUCGGCCGUUGCCUUUAGUUCCUGCGUCUCGUCCUCUUGGUGUCCCUAUGAGCGCCAGCGAUGCGGUCGUUGGUGGGCUUCUUGCUGGUCCUGGGAACGGCCACGUCGGGCCUUUAUUUGCUAUCUGCUCGGCUGCCUGAGGGGCCGCGCGCGGGAAGCGGGUCAUUAAAAUUCCCUUCAGAUCUAGAGGAACUACAAGAGCUUGCAGAGUUUCUACAGUACUACAAUAAGGAGCACCAUGCAUAUGUGAUUCUGCUGUUCUGCAGUGCUUACCUAUACAAACAAAGUUUUGCCAUACCUGGCUCUAGCUUUCUGAACAUCCUUGCUGGGGCUCUCUUUGGACCAUGGAUGGGACUUCUGUUAUGUUCUGCUUUAACUUCUGUGGGUGCUACAUGUUGCUAUGGACUGUCCAAUAUUUUUGGGAAAAACUUUGUUACCUACUAUUUUCCUGAUAAAGUUACCAUGCUUCAGAGGAAGGUAGAAGAAAAUAGACAUUCCUUGUUCUUCUUCUUGUUAUUUCUGAGGCUGUUCCCCAUGACUCCAAAUUGGUUUUUGAAUCUUGCAUCUCCAGUCUUGAACAUCCAUGUUACUCAGUUCUUCUUCUCUGUUCUCAUAGGACUGACUCCCUAUAAUUUUAUCUGUGUCCAGACAGGCUCAGUACUUUCACAGAUAUCUUCCCUGGAUAACAUUUUCUCCUGGAGUAAUUUAUCCAAGAUGUUGGCUAUAGCCAUGAUGGCAUUAAUUCCUGGGACUCUUAUUAAGAAAUUCAGUCAGGAACAUCUCAAAGUAGACAAAAGUUAGCAGAAAAUUCACUUGCUGAAUGGAAGAAGAUACAACUGAAUAGGCGACCCAUGAAUAGAUGUCAAAUACUGUGGAAUUCUAUUUAAGGGAGAAUUGAACAAAUUUUUUUGAACCAGCAGUUCUGUUGUCAUUGAACUUUGGAUUCCUUACCACUACCUUAGGCAUCUUCUUUUGGAAAUGUAUAAAGAUGAGUCUUUUAAAAAUACUGUUUUAAAAAAAGAGCUGAGACUGGUAUGUCCCACUUUAUAGUUACUUGUGAUCCAAUUUAUCCAGAAUCCAGAAUUUGGGGGACCAAAUGGACUUGCAUUCACUGAUUUGAGGUAUUAGAGGCUAUAAAUUUUAAGGAAAUCUAAAUCUUAGCAUCGGUGAGGAAGUAAGCCUGAAAUUGCUUGCUAGAUGAACAGCAAGUGGUUGCACAUGAAGCAGUUGAAAUGCAGUAUCUGGACCACGUAUUGAUUUGACUGAAUAAUGGCACUGAUACAUGAAUUGUGUUUCCUCAAGAAAUGCAGUUAAAUUUUGUAUUAUUUCCUUUUCAUUUGUUGGGACAUCACAAAGAAGAAAAGUCUUACAACUGCAGACAUGCAGGAAUGGCUUAUCUUGUCUUUCCAAAUAGUAAAAUGUUUAAUAAAUAUCUUCUUUUCUUUAUGAUUUCCAGUAUAAGUUAACAUGAAGUGACUGUGGGAAAUCUAGAAGACUUCAUGUUAAAUACUUGUUGAAAUACUAUAAUGUUCUUGGUAGUAAUAUGCCUCAUGGAAAAUUGCAUUCUUCAGAUUUCAAAGCAAAAUCUUUACCUUUACAAAAUUACGUUGUAUUGAGCAGAAAAGAACAUACUUUGAAUAUAAUAAUUGAAAUUGUUAUAUGGCUAGUUUGUUCAGUCCAACGUUUCAGAGCUGGGAAAAUCCUCUUAAGAAUGUGGCCAUUGUUCUUAAUCCAAGUGUUAGUUAACAGCUACCAUUUUGCCAUUUUCCUCUGAAUUUCCUGUUUGAAAAUGGCCUUGGUCUUGCUCAAUAAGAAACUUGUCUCUGGGUCAGGCUGCAGCUUCAGAAAGCAGGAAAGAGCCUUGUUUGGUCCUUUCUGCAUUGGAAAAAAGAAUUGCAUAGAAGACUAGAUGUUAACAAAAAAGGUAAGACAAGUCCUUUUUUGCCUGAUGUCUGCAGUGACCUCAGCUUGCCAUUUCAGAAAUCAAAGCAAGCAGAAGUUUCAGUAUCAGCUAUUGGAUUUUCUGUGAAAAUUCCUCUAGUUUAUUUGAGGUGGGUCUCUGCUAUCCUCUAACCAAGUGUUAGUGUUGUAUUAAAUAUGUCAGCCUUCAUAGCAAACUUCUCAGGAUGGCAGCUACUGAUUCUUUGUACAUGCUGUAUGCCAAAAAAACAGUAAUAAAAGAAGAUCUGACAAAUAUACUGUGGCAAGUUGUAACUGAGAGGAACAGUGAUUUGCAUUAGUCUGAGCAGCAGUUGUCUUAAGCACCCUAUUUUUUCUUUUUUAAUAAUACUUCUUGCCAGGUAAAAGGUAGUGAAAACUAUUCAUGUAGCCUGUUUACUUUAUAGACAUAUUUAUUGGAUAAAUGGUAGUGAAAACAGUUGGUAGUUUGAUGAAAUGCCUUCACAUAAUGCCAUAUGAGACAGUAUAUAUAUGCUGGUGUUUUGUUAUAACCAGGCCUUCAUCGGCUACCUCCUUUCAACUGUACAUGCCAAAUAAUGAAGAAAAAACACCGCUCAGACUUCAUUUCCAGGUGCUUAUCUUUUCCUUCAGCAAGAAACAGCAGGCCAGCAUGCAGAAGGCUUAAUUUAGCUCCAUCUAUAUUAUGUUGUAAGGCUGACAUUUUGGUAUUCUCGGUGUAUCCUCAGGAGACAGCAUUAGUAGGCUGAUAUUAUAAUAAAUACUCCUUACAAGAGGGGCUAUAGAGAGGAACAAGAAUUAUAUUCACAUCCAUGUUGUCCUUUAGUAGCAACAGACACACUUAACCGAGGUGAAAGUUUGAAAUGUCAAGGCCUGCAUUUAUAUGGCACUUACUAUACAGAAUAUGCUGACAGACAGACAGGCAGGCAGUUUGUCAGCAAACUGUCUCCUUACAGCUUGAAAACUAUAACUGUAGUGUAAAGAAAAAGGGAUCAUUUUGAGUAGGCACAACUAUACUUUUUGAGUCAUACACUUAUGUUCAAAAUUGAAGCUGCACACACACUUGACAUAUGAGCCUGUAAACACAUGAUGAGGUACACUGGCUUUUAUUCCAUGCAUCUAUUUGAUAGUCAGAUUUGUUCCCAAUUGUUAUACACUGUUCAAUACAAAAAGAAAUCAAGUUUGCCUCAAAGUAGGGAGAAAGACAGCACAGAAGAUAAAAUUAUAAUUUUGUAUGACAUAUAAACGUAAUAAUUUCCACGAACCAUUAGCCAACAUACCGACUACCAUAUUGGACCCAGCAAGUAAGAAUACAGUAUAAGAAUCAUGAAAAUAUGCCAAAGAAGCCUUUUCAAUCAAAAGCUAUCUCUGGUUUGCAUUGCUUAUUCUUAUGCUGUGCUACUGUCAACCCCUUAAUCAGGUAGUUACAAUAUUGUAAUGCCCUUGUACAGAACAGUCAUAACACAGCAAGAAAACACACUAAUUCACACAUGGCAAUACUGUGUCAUAAACUAAAUUAAAUGAUUUGAUUUAUGGCUUUUGGUUUGAAAAGUUUAAUCUAAGAACUAAAUCUAGAUUCUGCUAUUCCUUUGUAAUCUGUAAGAUUCUAUCAAAGAAUUAAUACAAAAACAGUACUAUUUCCCUUUCCUAUUACAAGACUGCACCAUUUCUUGUGCUAGCUGGCUCUAUGAAUGAAAACUCAAUAUAAUAUGUGAAACAACAUGGUGGCUCCCUUUUCUUCCAGUAAACACAACACUUGCUUCCAAGGAAAGAGGAGAGUUAAUAUUCUCUGUUUCUUAGUAUCAGUUCCCAUAGUUCUGAUCGCAUCUCUUAAUGUUUAGUGCUGUGGAGCACUGUUCCAGAAACAAAAAUAGUACUUUUUUUAUUGGACCUGCAGAAUAGAGCAGGCUUUUCAAAAUGCCCAAAGUCACCUGAGAAUGUUUCCACAUUAAAAAAUGUUUAAUCCUCACAUUUAAAAGAAAGCCUUAAAAAUGUAACCAGCAUAUUCUAGAACAUCAACUA